AUGUCUUUCAAAUACAAGAUUAUUACAAACACUGCUACAUUUAGUGAAAAUUCGUCCAUUGACCGGAAACAAUCGCUAUCACUAACCUCCUAUCAACCAAAAUCUUAUAUCGCGAAUAUCAAGCCAAAGUAUUUUCUAUACGGCGUAGGUGCUGAAGGCAAUAUAAAAUGGAGCAAAAAAGGAGAGACACAAUUGAAUUACUACUUACACGACGGUAAAACCGAUGAAGUUGUGGUCGAUGGUCAAAUAACGGAUAUAGAGGAAAGUCUUCAAAUAGAACAACCAUCUGAAUAUCAUUCUUACGAAAUCAAAGUUCGACCUAAUGAUUUAGGCCAUACCUAUGAAGUCCUAAUACCUCAACAUUUAUGCUUUGCUGUCAGCGGUAUUAAAGAUGCUAUACGUUCCAAAUAUGAUGAUUAUAUGGCUAAAAUAGAUAAUAAAUGGCUGAGUAAAACUGCUCGAUUUCAACUCGAUUACUUAUUACCGGCAUAUGUUGACGAGACAUUGAUUGUCAAAUCAUGGUCUAACCCUGACCGAAACGAAGUAAAGAGUUUAAUCAUGCGCGGUGAACAAUGUUUAAGUUCUUUUACAAUUAAUUUCGAUCCACAGCGAGAAUUUACACCUGGUCGCUUCGAUCCGGAUCUAGAUAUAAUAAGUCUUGAUUCUUUCCAUGUUAAAUUCAAUUCACCUCAUUUAUUUUAUUUCAGCGAUAGGUUUAAACAAUCAGAUGUAAGUAAGCUGUUAUAUGUUUUUCUGGAAAGAUUCGAAGCCUCCUUACGUUUAGGUGUAUUUGACUUUAACGUACUAGCCUCUAAAUACAGCGGUACACUAAUGAUUGUGGCAAAUACAGGAAUAAUAAAUCCAGCACUUUAUGAUUUACCACCAAAUACAAUGAUAAAACAAUCGAUGAGAAUGACGUCUAUUGGCAAGUCGUCGUGUAUUCUUACUUUCGAAUUUUACGACAUACUAACUGAGCAAUUGGUUUUAAGCUAUGAUAACGUUUGUAUUUUCAUGAAAAAUGGCAAGCUCGAAACAUUUCCUGAAGCGUACAAGAAGAAAAUGUUGGAAGAAGUACCUACGAGGGUAUCCGACGAAGGGGUUAUGCUGCUAUUUAAGAAAGUACCUGAAAAUCAUUAUACCUACAAAGUGAAAACACGAUCAAGUGAUGUCGAUUAUAAUAAUCAUAUCGGUUACGCCGGUAUAUUUGGCUUUUGCCUUGAUACCGCGAGUUCCGCUAUUUCGUCUAAUAGCAGCUGCUACAAGUAUAAUUUCGGUAAAGAUUUCAAUCCACGUUGUAUCCGUCAGAAAAGUGUUUCGUUUUUUAGAGAAAUACAUCUUGACAGUGAAGUUACAAUCAAAACUUGGCAAGCCGAAGAUAAAAACUCUCUAUUUUUCAGUGUAGAGAAGGGUUCAAAAUGCGUCUGUCAAGUAGAAUUUGUCGUCGAUAUUUAA